CUACAAUACCGGCCAAGAUAUUUGCAUAUACAGUUUAUGCACCAAGUUGUGUGAUUGAUAAAAAAUACUUACCCUCAAAAAUGCUUGGCGUCGCUGAUAAGAACCCAUCAGAGCCUUAUCAUAAGUAGCUUAAUAUCGUAAAUAUUCCACGCUUCUGCCAGUAUCACUUUUGUUGAUGUACGUAAUAGUGGCUACAUAGUGGACCGAAACCCGCAAUGGCAACUUUACUAGAACGAGUCAAAGGUCAUGCGAGAAGCGGCAGCGACUCCAAACAGUUUCUCGAAGCGACCAAAAGGGACGCCCUUUUGCUCCUACAAAAGGAACUCGACAAACUUCUAGAUACUGCAUCGCCUAUGCACAAAGAUCGCGUUCAAAAAGAAUUUCAAGGGUUUACCAAUUUGUUUGAAAGGUUCUUACAGGAAAGUGGUCCCUCUGUUGAUUGGAAUAAAAUAGAAAAAUUGCCGCAAGAUGCCAUCAAAGAUUACGGCUCCCUCGAGACUCCUACAGCCGAUAUUUUGCACGUAAUGCUCAAUAAACUCGUUGUGGUAAAGUUAAAUGGUGGUUUAGGUACAUCUAUGGGUUGUCACGGUCCGAAAUCUGUAAUUAAUGUUAGAAACAACCUGACAUUCCUAGAUUUGACGGUACAACAAAUCGAGCACUUAAACAAAACUUAUAAGGUAAAUGUGCCGCUGGUCCUGAUGAAUUCGUUCAACACGGACGAAGAUACGGAAAAGGUUGUAAGGAAGUACAAAAAUUUGCAAAUUCAGAUUCACACUUUCAAUCAAUCCUGUUAUCCGCGUAUUAACAGGGACACUCUAAUGCCUGUGGCCAAAAAUUGUGAAGUUCAUAAGAAUAUAGAAGCGUGGUUUCCUCCCGGUCACGGCGAUUUUUACAGGAGUUUCCAGAGUUCAGGGUUACUUACAAAGUUUAUUCAAGAAGGACGGGAUUAUUGUUUUAUAUCCAACAUCGAUAACUUAGGAGCAACUGUAGAUCUAAACAUUUUGAAUUUGUUGAUGAACCCCACAGAAAAGGAACACGAAUUUGUAAUGGAAGUUACUGAUAAAACAAGAGCGGACGUUAAAGGUGGUACUCUGAUACAAUAUGAAGAGAAAUUAAGGCUGCUAGAGUUAGCUCAAGUACCCAAAGAGCAUGUGGACGAUUUCAAAUCGGUUAAGAAAUUUAACUUUUUCAACACUAACAAUCUGUGGAUCAAAUUACCCGCCAUUGAACGAGUUCUGAGAGAAGAUAGCCUGAAUCUCGAAAUAAUCGUAAACAACAAGACUCUGGUGAAUGGAUUGAACGUUAUUCAGCUGGAGACUGCCGUCGGUGCAGCCAUGAAAUCGUUCAACGGAGGUAUCGGUGUGAACGUUCCCAGGUCUCGUUUCUUGCCGGUAAAGAAAACGUCGGAUCUGUUACUCGUCAUGAGCAACCUGUACAACCUCAAGAACGGUUCGCUGGUGAUGUCACCGCAGAGGAUGUUUCCUACUACACCCCUAGUCAAGCUCGGAGAUAAUCACUUCGCCAAGGUUAAAGAAUUUUUGUAUAGAUUCGAAAACAUACCGGAUAUGAUUGACUUGGAUCAUUUGACUGUGUCCGGAGAUGUUACUUUCGGCAGAGGGAUUACGCUUAGGGGUACUGUAAUUAUUAUUGCCAAUCACGGAGAUAGAAUAGAUAUUCCUUCGGGUGCGUGUUUAGAAAACAAAAUCGUAUCCGGAAACCUUCGCAUAUUAGACCACUAAUUUUUUUGUUAUAUCGGUUCCAAUUAAAAUUGUAAUCAUUAAAUUUUGUGAAUUAUUA